AUAUUCUUUGUCAUGUGGUGGACUCAGACAUAUUACAGAACACUGAAUAAUCUUCCGUGCCUUUGGGUACUUGCUGUCAGUACUGUGUGUUUGUUCAUUUAUUUAUUGCAUAGUUAUAAGUAUGAUAAACAUAGAUAAAUGUGUCAUCAACUAAGAGAUUAUUUAAAUUUUCCUGACACACGUUUGGCAUGUAUUUCACGCUAUAACCACUGCCAGGUAUACGGAAUGCCUCACCAUCCCCGCUAUGAGACUGGUAGAGUGGCCAACAUUGCUUUAGUGCCUUGUUUUUUGGGCUUUUGAUUGACAUGUGAAAACUUACAGCAUUGUUGCAUGCACAGGGAGUAGUUCACAGCUCUAUGUGGUUGGCUGUUCGCACGUCAGCAUCUGGCUCAAGCUGUUAGCCACUCACUCUGCUGAGGUCACUGUGUCCUGGAGGGGAAGUGUACAGAUUUCUCCCAGGACACUGAUUAUGUCAAUCAUUCAGCCACAGGCUUGUACAUUCACUGCCCUUUCUUUCUUUAGAAUCUUACAGCUUGAGGUAGGUAUGCUGUACGCAUCAGAAAUGAAAUCCAGGCUCUUCAAACAAAGAUAGCUCUCCAGAUGUUUUUUGUUGUUAGACUGAAAGCAGGUUUGAUCAAAUAACAAAUGCCAAUGCCAGAAAAAGGUUUUCUUUUGCCUGUAAAUUUUCCAAAUGCAGCGAAAAGUCCAGCUCCUCAGAAGGGCAUUGCAAUCACGGGAGAGGUUCGAUAGAGAGCCGAUGAUGCAGUGGGUGGGAGUGUUCAAGGUACAGCUCCCGCCUCUUCACCCUCAUAACGGCGUGCACAGGCAGGCAGUCAGUCAGUCAGUCAGCGUGAUCUGCUCUGGACUAUGAGGGAAGACACAAGCGGUGGAUUUGGAAAGAGCAUUUGGAAUGUAAAGCUCUGAGGUUCUUCUCUAAGCCUCAGUGCUCAGCAGCUCGCCUGAGGAAUCAUGGCGUGUCUGGGAGUAGAGCGCCAUGCUGCCUGCAGGAAUGCCUUCAGCUCAGUCCUUCAGUUGCGGCUGCAGCAGCGACGCACUCGGGAACAGCUCGUUGACCAGGGCAUCAUGCCACCUCUCAAGAGCCCAGCGGCGUUCCAUGAACAGAUCCGCAGUCUGGAGAGAGCCAGGACAGAGAAUUUCCUAAAGCACAAGAUUCGGAGUCGUCCAGAAAGGGCUGAGCUGGUCCGCAUGCACAUCUUGCAAGAGACGGUGGCAGAGCCAUCACUGCAGGCUACACAGCUGAAGCUGAAGAGAGCUCGACUGGCUGAUGAUCUCAAUGAGAAGAUUGCACAGAGGCCUGGCCCCAUGGAGCUGGUGGAGAAAAAUAUCCUGCCUGUGGCAUCCAGUGUCAAAGAGGCUAUCAUUGACUUUGCAGAUGGCCAGAUGCAUUACCCCAAAACACAGGAGUUUGAUGAGGACAGCGGUGAUGCUUUCUCUCCAGAACAGCCAGGCAGUCAGGAGUCACAUGGAUCUAUACCUUCACCUGGGGAGUCAAAGCUCAUAGAGGCUUCCUCACCACUACCAAAUCAUUUAAUUCAGCACUGCACUCCUAUCCUACAUGUUACAGGAGACUUUCUCAAGCCUUAUUCCACUAGUGAGCAGGCAGUCAGUCCUCCAGUUCCACAGCCUCAACCAGUCACUACACCUCCCUCCAAAUCUGUGCUUCCUCUUAUCAAGCAAAGUCAGCCCAAGACUGCUGGUGACAAGAGUCGUAGCAAGAAAAACAAAGAGGCCAAACCACGAGUGAAAAAGCUAAAGUAUCAUCAGUACAUUCCCCCGGAUCAGAAACAAGAGCCCAGUGAAGCCCCUAUGGAUUCGGCUUAUGCUCGUUUACUGCAGCAACAGCAGCUCUUCUUGCAGCUACAAAUUCUCAGUCAGCAACAACAACAGCACUACAACUACCAGACCAUCCUGCCCGCUCCCCUCAAGCCUGUGAUUGAGGGGCAGAACAGCAGUGCUACUGUUGCCAUUAACAGUGCCCAAAGUCUUCCUGCCUCCAUUGUGGUGUCACUGCCUCCAGCUGCACCAGUGCGCCCGAAUAACACUCUGUCAAACCGCAAGGCUGGCACACUGCCAGCCAACCUGGAGGAGAUGAAGGUUGCUGAACUAAAAAUGGAAUUAAAGCUGCGUGGUCUGCCUGUUUCUGGAACCAAAACAGACCUGAUAGAGCGGUUAAAGCCAUACCAGGAGAGCUCUAUGUCUGUUCCCAACACCAAUCCUAACACACAGACCUGCAAUACAUCCAUGGAGGUUUCCAGCACCACCACAUGCUUGUCACCUGCACAGCAGCCCCCUGAGAACCAGAGCCACACACCGCCUGUAUCCCCUGUAUCUUCGGAAGUGCACAAUAAAGAGGACGCUAUGGAGGGUCAGCCGGAGACCAACUGCCAAAGCAGCGGUAGUGGCCACCCAGCAGCCAUUCCUGAGGAGCAGGACAGAAGGCUGCACGAGAAAGAGCGUCAGAUUGAGGAGCUGCUAAGAAAGCUGGAACAGGAACAGAGGCUGGUGGAGGAACUGAAAAUGCAGCUAGAGGUGGAGAAGAGGAGUGCUCAAAACUCUGUCUCCAUAGAAAGUAACAACAACAUCAAUCAAGCCGCUUCACUGGUCACAGUAAAGACUGAAAGCCCAGUUAUCCCGAAUUGUACGCUGACCCCACAUAACACUCCAUCUGUAGUGAAACUGGAGAAAAGCCACACUGCCCCAGUGACAGCCACCCCUUUACCACAGUUCUUCAUCAGUCAUCAGGGCAUGUCGCAGGUCAUCGGGCAGCCCCAGACCCUGCUCACCGCGCAGCACACGGGUACCCAGAUCCUGCUGCCUGUCUCUCUACCCAACAACACCACUACAAUCCAGCUCACUAAUACUAAUGUCAAACUACAGCCAGUCCUCCAAGCAGCUGUCUCUCCUCAAGGCCAAGGACUGAUCCAAACCACUCAGCUACAUCCUGCCAAAACAGAGAACAACUCGCCACAGCCAGUCAAUCACAACAAUAUAGUGCAGGCCCUGCCCAUGUGCAGCACUGGAGGGUCUGAGUUUCACUUUGGUGCCAGUGAGAAGCAGGCAGGUCUGGAGAUGCCUCGCUGUUUCCUGAGCAGCUCCCCAGAGAAUACUCUGUCUGCUCAGACUUCCCCAGUUGCUCCCUCCCUCACCAACGGCCCCCUAAAUAAGUCUCCCUCUCAGGUCUCGCCUGCCUUCAUCCUGCCAUCUCCUGCAUUCUGUCAUCCCCCCAAGAGUCGAGAGCCACCUCCCUAUGAAGAUGCUGUUAAACAGACACGCAGCCUGCAAGCAGCUGCCAUCACACAGCUUUCGACAGCAACCAGUCAGCAGAUGGAUGAUCUUUUUGAUAUUCUCAUUGAAAGUGGAGAGAUCACCCCUUUCAGUCAGCAGGAGCCUUCGGUGCCUAAGCUGAUGCCCGUCACUGCCAGCAUUACCACUUUACCUGUCAACACUGCCCUAUCUCGGCCCCCGGCUCAGGUGCAGAUGGCGCCGCCUCCGGCGCUGCUGGUGGAGCCCAUGCCCAGCCUGGCCUCUCUGGCCUCAGACAACCAGCUGGAGGCACUGCUGGAGGGCACGUUGGGGGGAGAAGCUGAGAGAGAGCACAGGACUCUAGGGCUGCUAGAAGAGCUGCAAAGCCAGCUGCUGGAUCAACCCCACUCCCCUAUGGACACAUCCGAGUUGAGCUUCACCGAGCCCACUGGACACCUGUCCUCCUCCUCCUCCUUCAGCCUGCAGGACACAGGCAUGGAUAGCAUGGAGUGGCUGGACAUAACCAUGCCAAGGCCCAACGGACCCCUCGACCCACUGGGGAUCGGCUCCGAUUUCCUUGACGCGCAUGAUCUGCAGCUGCACUGGGACUGAGACCACAGUACACACUCAUUCUCUCUUGUGAGCCUACACACACACACAAACACACACUCGUAUGAUUGGGCUUUUGCAAAAGAGAGAGAAAGGAUUCGAUUAUUCAUUAUUCAUUAGUGUGUGACUGAGCAAGGUUUUGAGCAGGAUUAUGUCUCUCUUUUAACAAAAUCACGUUUUGAAGAUGUGAGAGGUUUCCUCUGCUCAUGUGCUGUAGUGCACUGCAGUUUGUGUCAUUCAUCAUUUAGACUCAUGUCCUAAUAUGGCACUAUGGGAACAAAGAGCCUUCCUUGAGCUUCUUCUGGUGAAGGCUAUGUUCUCUUUUUGGUGCCAUCUAAAGCGGGAGCACACCUUUAACAGCAGGAUUCUAUAUUUUAUUCUCUUUCUAGUCGUGUGCCAUUGAUUCACUCGCCCUCUGCACAAUCUAGACAUACCUUUAUGACCAUUUUAGACAAUUUUGAAUCAGGACAGAAUCCUAUUCCGGAUGUUUUGACACCACAUUAGAUGAUUGGUCAACCUUAGUCAGAUUCAUGCACCAUUACACUAUUAUUCUUAGAAGAAAAAAAGGGAUCACUUCACCUAGAAACACAAGUUCACCUGUUUAUUAGAGCCCCUGUUUAUUUCCACUGGGUAACACAGAUAUCUGUAUCUAUCAUGAUCAGUCUGAUCAGCCAGUUACUCAGAAAACUCUUCCGUUGUGUCAGGCCAUUCUUGUGUGCAAGUAUUCCUUUGUGCGUAUGCACAGGAGGGGGUGUGUGUGUGUGAGUGAAUGAGUGUAUAAGGCACUUGACGUCAAUAAGAACAUAUAAGGAAUGUCGCCUGAUGGGACACGCCAGUGCUCUAACAACCGCAGAGCUUGUAUGUAUCAUAUAGUGAAGAUUACAACUAUAAUGUAUAUCAUGCAGGAUGAUGUAUAUAUUUGUUUUGGGUAUGAAACAAAACUGAAGGAGUAAGACACAGUGCUCUUUUAAUGACACUAGUCCUGUCAGACACUAGUUCUGGUGGGGUCACAGCCCUACAGAGAUUCAUAUUUUCUCUCUUCAGACCAAAUUCAGCUCAUAAAGGCCCUAAUCUGCUAAUUAUCUGAUGAGGUGAAGCGGGUGUUGAAUGCGGUAGACGCUAAACUCUUUAGUGCUUUUGCACAUUAGGACAGGAGUGUGUCGGUUGUGCUAUAGGAAAUGACAGCUGCCACUAAGAGCAGUGGGCAUUCAUGCAGACUAAUACUAUAACUUAUAGACUUCUUGUUCUUAUUUACACGAGGUUUAGUAAACGUAGACUCUUUGUGCAACUCUUUGUGCCUCUGAUUUCCUUCUUUUUGAGCUUUCAGAUGCACCUGGGCCUGGAUAAGCGUUUGUGCUUUUCGUUGAAUGCUAUUUGCUGUUUGUUUGAAUGCCCCUGCAGAGAUCACUCCUUUCAGUCAGUCGGCAGGAGCCUGCGUCAAACUGUUAGAGGCAGAGGACCAGAUCUCCUUUUUUUGAAGCCAUUAAUGUUUAAGAUAUUCAUGCACCAUAUUUUUUUGCUAUUUUAGACACUGCAUGGUAAACAUUUCUGGCAGCUUACUAGCAGUUUAAUAGGACAGAAAAGGACACAUUCUGGUUUCCUUUGCAGUAGUGGUUUCACCAACCCCCAUCCCCUCACUGACCAUAAUUGUAUCCUGUCAGGCCCUCCGUUUCGUCUGCACUUUUUCGAUGAAGUCUGUCCGUCCUUUUGUCUGUGCCACGUUAUUGUCUUCGCCUGUGUGCAUGUGUAUGCGCGUGUGCAUGUGUGGGUGUGCGUCGACGUGUCCGUGUUUCACUGUUCGUUAACAUAUUACUGUGCCGCCAUUCUAAUACUGCUCUGCUCUGCGCACAGUAAAAAAAAAAAAAAAAAAAAUAGAAAAGAAAAAAGGAAAAAAAAAAGACAAAACAAACAUGGCAGCCUAAAUAAAAAUAUGUAUGUGAUUUUAAAGAAAAGAAGAAAUACCUCGGCAGCAUGCAACUACAAGUGAUUCUGUGACCUAUGUGAUUUUAAUCAGCUAAAACACUUUCUGUACAAUUCUUGUUCUGAAUUCAGUUCAGUUACAAAUCGCACUCGCUUCUCAAGCAGUUAGCCGGGUUAAUCUCUGAGACCAAACUCUGUUUGUUGAGUUGUGUUCAUCUAGAGUGGCCUCACUUGUAUAGGAAUGUUAGCUUAUAGUUUGAUGUUUUCAGCAGCUCUGAGAGAAAUGUUGCCUUUUUUUUUUGUACAUCUUGUCUGGAUCAGUGACUCCAUGUUAACCUCAGUUCGAGGCAAUAACUGACUCAACCAUGUGUCUGAAGCCAGUAACAGUACAUCUGAUCCUAAUUUGCUUUAAAAAUGUAGGUUUGUGGAAUUUUUUUUUAGAUACAGGCUAUAUGGCACUUUUACCUGCAGUGAUGAAUGUUUCAUCCUGAUUAAACAAUCAUUUUGCAUCAGAGCACCUUUACAGAUACAGAUGGGGUUUUUUUUUUGUUUUUGUUUUUGUUUUUUUGUUUUUUUUUAGAAGUAUGAUUUUUAUCAGCCGUUCGAGUUUUUGCUGUUCGCUUAGAUGCGUCUGAUCAAGGCGGGACAUACCGAAGGCUCCUGCAUCAUGGCUUCGUACUGUUCAAUCCACACCUUGACCAAGUUGUGGCCUCUUCAGUAAACAAAUGAUGCCAAAACACGAGUCUCUUCUUGUAGGUUGUAACUGCAGGCUGUAGAUCUGGGAAUGGAUUAGUUAAGUGUUAGAUGUUUCAGUGACACGUUGCCAUUUUAUUGAUAAUGGCCUGAUUUUCAGUUCGCUGAUGCCUGAUGUGAUGUUUGGGGCUGAUACUGAAACGUAAAUUUAUGAAAUCAUUACCAAAGAGGCCAAAUAAAUAAUGCAUAAUGCCAUUUAAUGUGAGUGGUUUCGGAAUUUGUUUUGGAAAUGUAUUUACUGAGGUGACUCAAAUUGUAGGCUCAAGUUAAAGAAGUUUGCUUUGAAAGCGUGUCUGUGGGGAAAACUCGAGGUUCCGGUCAGUUCAACUUCGACAAAGCAAUAACUUCAUGAUUUUUUUUAAAUUUGAUAUGAGAGUACUGUAAUGUAUGCAGUAUGUCUCAGCACAUUGCCUUGGGUUAUUAAGUUACUGUUUGCAUUAAUGCAUUAGUCUGUGUGAGGAUCCUAAAGCUCUGCACAGAUGAUAAAAUUUAGUCUCGGUGACUCCGUGAACUAGGCAGCUGGCCUUUUUUUUUUCUUUUUUUUUUUUUUUCCCUACGCUUUUUAAGCAGACUCCCAGUUUCUCUUUUCUUUUUUUAAAAAAAAAUCAGUGGUCUUGUGGAGCCAACCCGUUAUUCACUGCUUUUUAUUUUUUGCGCAAUUGUUAGUCAUUUUUAUUUGACCGUUCGGCUGGUCCCAUUUUCUAAUGCUGGACUUUAUUUUCAAAUGUAAUACUUUUUAUCGACAUUGUUAAUGUGUAAAGUAUCAGUGGUGACUACACUGGGUGAUAAACCUGAUGACUACCACUUCUCUACAUCCUCCAAAACGGAGGAGCACUCAUCAUUUGUAUGCCAUAUGUUUUGCACAUUUGUGUACAUAUUGAAUGGAUGUAAUACAUAUUUUUAUACAUGUUUAGCGCAUCCAUGAGCUCUAUUUUGUGAAUAGUUUUAAAAGAUAUGAGUAUACAUACGCUGUUAUGUGUCGAUUCACUUUGCUGUAUUGUGAACAUACUGUUGUAGAGAAUGUUUCAGAAUCUCUUAAAUAUACCUGAGGAAUGAAGUACCAAAAAAAAAGGCUUUCCGUGGGUUUUAUUUCUUUUAUUUAACAUGUAUCUAUUU